AUGGACUUCAAUCAAAACAUCACUACACUAGGUGUGGGGGACUAUACUCCCGAAGGUGCUGGACUCGUCGCUGCCGGUGCGAUCAUCCUCGUUUUAUCACUUCUAGUACUUGUCUCGUCAAAAGACAAAAUUCCAGUCAUCAACAAAUAUCCCAAUGACUGGUUGUCCGUCAAGGCUCAGAUAGCCUUUGUCACUAACGCCGAUGGCCUCAUCAAACAAGGGUUUGCCAAGUUUCAAAAUCCUUUCCGCAUGAUUACAUUAGUGGGAGACAGAUUGAUCCUCCCUGAAGACCAUUUCGAAUGGAUCAGGCGUCAUGGUCCUCAACUUGAUCACCAGCCGCUUGUUCGCAAGGAUUUCUUUGCGGGCUACCCUGGUUUCAAUGGCACGGCAGCCAUCUCUGACCCUUCCAAACUGUUGGCCAAUGUUAUCAAGAAGAAGCUUGUUCAAAACCCUCAUGUCAGCAAACUGCACAAAAAUGUGCAGAGAGACAUCCUUGCAACUUGGCCGGAAGAGCGUGACGCUUGGAAGGCAGUUGACUGGGCCAAAGACGGUCUUAACCUCAUCAGCCGAAUGUCCGCGUCCGUCUUUGUUGGCGAGGAGCUGUCACGCGACGAGACAUGGCAGCAGGUCAGCACCAACUACGGAAUGACUGUGUUCCUCGCGGCUCGCGCGUUGCGACAAUGGCCGCGAUGGUUGAGACCUCUUGUCCAAUGGUUCCUCCCCGCUUGCAAGAGUUGCAGAGCUGAAGUUAAGCGUGCACGCGAAGUCUUGGAAAAGAAUUUGGCUAAGAGAGCGGCUGAAGGCAAAGAGCACGAUGACUCUAUCACUUGGUUCAGUGAAAUUGCGGCGGGCAAGAGCUAUGAUCCUGUUGCUGCCCAGCUUGGAAUGUCUAUGGCUGCUGUUGUGACUACCUCGGAGUUGCUGAAGCAGACGGUUAUUGAGAUUUGCUCGCAUGAUCUGAUUGCACCUCUCCGAGAAGAGAUUGAAGCCGUGGUUCACGAGCAUGGAUGGUCUCCUGCUGCUUUGACCAACAUGCGCUUGCUCGAUAGUAUCAUCAAAGAGACACAAAGAAUGAAUUCCGCUGUCAUUGUCAAUCUCGAUCGUCAGGUCCUAUCUCCUGUUACCCUCCCCAAUGGCCAGUACCUACCCAAAGGCACUGCUCUAUCAAUCUACAUGUCACGUCUCCGAAACCCUGAGGUAUAUGAGAACCCAGACACCUUUGACGCAUACCGAUAUGCGAAGCUUCGUGCUCAGGGCGGCAAGUGGACAUAUGCUAGUUCUGCCACUUCUACAAGUGAGGAUCAUUUCGUAUUUGGUAUUGGUAAACCUAUUUGCCCGGGACGAUUCUUUGCUGUGGCAGAGGUGAAGACGGCAAUUGCCACCAUCUUGCUCGAUUAUGAUGUGCGGUUGGCUGAGGGUUAUACACCCACGCUGAUGCCGUUUGGCUUUGAGCUGUUCGCCGAUCCGGGAGUUCAAUUGGAGGUGAAGCGAAGGUCAUAG